CUCUCUUUUUUACUUUUUUUUUUUAUUCCAUAAUGGGUCAGUCUCCUUCAACAGCAGCUUCAAAGCAUGACAAUGCAUCAACUCGGACAUUGCAUUCAACUUCAAUUAAGUCCAACAAGCCAAUGUCCUUUUUUAAGAAAAUCUCACAGCGCAUUCAACCUUCUCGAAAGUUUUCUAGACAAAAUAGAGCAAACACUGCAGCGACCUCAACAACUCAGACAGCAGCCACUGAAAGAAAUAGACCUUCAGAGAGAAGAAUAAGAGGAAUGAACAGACAAGGAUCGAGCAUCCUAAUGAACUCUGGCUCCUCCACUACUUCUUCAGUCCGUCGUGCAACGCAAGAGGCUACGCUUGCAGCUGCAGCAGUUACAGGUCCACCUGCCUUACCAAACCUUAUCCAGUAUAUACACCAGAUACAGGAUCAUAACAGUAGUAGUAGAAAUAGUGUGAUGUCUUCGGAUUCUACUGGCCUCUUUUGGGAGCUAUCUAACGGCCGAGUUCAUGCAGGCGAUACGAAUUCAGCCAAUCUUGGUGUGACUGAAAAUGAACAGCAGACAGGCGGUACUUCGUUUUUGCGACAUUUACGCUCAGCACACGAUCCUGAAAACAGUAAUGGUAACACUAGUCAUACGACAGUAGCAUCAUCGGGCGUCUCGACAACUAGCUCAAGAAGAAUGCGUAUAUUAGUUAUUGAAUACAUGCAAAAUUCUACUCAAAACCUUACACCUGAUAAUGUCUCUAUAAGCAAUACUUCUAUUCAACAACAACCACCACCAAGACAGCCAUCAACGCCUACCUUUGGUCGCAGGUUAUUAGGCUUACGACGUCCUAGAUCGGCCAUAUCCACUUCAUCUUCUACUGAGACAGUUCAUUCAAUGCCAUUAAGUAUGCAUACAACAGCGACGGGAGGUCAUGGUGUACAGCAGGAUGGCCAAUGGGUAGUCUACGUAUUGAAUGGACAAAAUGCCUUACAGAUGUUAUCGUCCACCUUGGUUGAUGAUAACCCAUCAUAUGAAGAUUUGUUAUGGUUGACCAACAUCAUUGGCCCUGCUGUACCAAACACAACAACUCAAGCAGCUAUUGAUGAGGCAGUACCUGUCGUUGCUUGGUCUGAUGAUACAAAGAAAGAAGUAAAGGAUGAACAAUGUUUGGUCUGCCUUGAUGAGUUCGACUUGAAGCAGCCUGUAAGAAUACUAAAGUGUCAUCAUGUGUUUCAUAAAGAAUGCGUAGAUAGAUGGUUAUGUGAAGCUCACAACUCAUGUCCAGUAUGUAGAGGUGUUCCUGUAUAAAGAAGGCUAUUAUUUAGCCUAUUUUAUAGUUUAUAUCUUACAUGUGUAUAUAUAUAAUAUUUAUUAUGAUUAAAUAAAGAUAAACAUCCUUUAAAUUUACAGUGAUAGAAGUAAAACUUCAAGUUGCGAGUGAUAUCAAGCUUAUAAUUGCUUAUAAAGUUUCCAUUGGUCAAUAUUGUAUCUCAAACUCACUUUAGGAGAGAGACUACAAGUGAAUCUUGUUUAUUUCAAACAAACAUCAAAAGAAAAGAUAUUAAAUGAUGACAUUCGUUAUUUUAUAAUUAAAAUGGAUAUAUUAUCAUGCAAGAAUUGCUUUAGAGUGCAGUCCCUUAAACAAGUUUCCCGCAAAUCAAAAAUGAUGAUUGUAUGUACC